AACAAAGUUGAAUUCUAUCUAUAUACAGUAUACAGUAUAUCUACAUAUAUGCUCCUGUUUCAGAAGUAGACGCACACACACACACAUCUAGCUGAGUGUGUGCACGGUCCUCCCCCGUCCCUCCCCUCGGCUGUCUCUGCCCACUCCUCCGCCAUGCACUGACCCAGACUCCGCUGCGCUUCCUCAUCCUCAUCCUCAUCGUCACCGCGAACAAUAGCGCGAGCCGCAGGCCUGACCGCACGCGCGACACAGCGAUGCUGAGCGGCGUCUGAGGCGCACGGAGCACACGCGGCAUCGCUUCAGACUCGAGCUCUCGGAGAAGAUGGCGAACGACUCUCCGGCGAAGAGCCUGGUGGACAUCGACCUCGCCUCUCUGCGGGACCCUGCUGGUAUUUUCGAGCUGGUGGAAGUGGUCGGCAAUGGCACCUACGGACAAGUGUACAAGGGUCGACAUGUCAAAACCGGGCAGCUGGCGGCCAUCAAAGUCAUGGACGUGACUGAAGAUGAAGAAGAGGAGAUUAAGCUGGAGAUUAACAUGCUGAAGAAAUACUCUCAUCAUAGAAACAUCGCCACGUAUUACGGCGCCUUCAUCAAGAAGAGUCCUCCAGGACACGACGACCAGCUGUGGGUCAGUCUCACACACACACACACACUCACACACACUCCUCAGGAACCUCCUCCUGCCUCACAUUUCACCUGAUAUCCGCUCUCAGUCUAAUUUGUCUAUGUCUGACCCACAGGUCAACAAGGGUUUCAUCUGUGUUCAUGUUAAAUACUAACUAGAUCAGAUUCUACUCAAACAGCACUGUUCACUCUAGUGACCGUCUCGGACCUCACCGUCCUCACUGGGACUAAUGAUUUCUGAUACCACACGCCUUUGGAAAUAUUAAUGACAACAAACUUAAUUAAACAACAGCACGUAGAUUUCAAGUGUAAUGAGUGUAAUGUAACAUGUUUCAGUCAUUAAGAGAAAAAAAUCUGGAGCUGAAGAUCUGAGCAGAGUUCAUCCACUGACAACAAUACACACCGAUCCCAUGUGUGUGUGAUUCAGAGCGGAUGCACCACAGUCUUCAUUAAUGAGUCAAACUGAACAAUAACAUCAGGUGUGUCUGAGCCCUUCAGGUGUCAUGCUUCUGGACUGCCUGUGUGUAUGUUUUCCUCCCCAUGUGCUCUCAGUGACCCAGUGUUUCUGUCUCUCGUUGAUUGUUCAUUUGAUUCAGGUGUGUCUUUUCUAUUACCCUCGUUUUGUCCUGUAUUUAAAGUGUGGUUUGCCCUAUGUUCCCUUGUCCAGUGUUAAACAUCAAUGCUAUGUGCUGCGUGUGGUGUUCCUGCCUGCCCCCUAUUUGGAUAAUUUAAAGACUGUUAUUCAUGAAUCUCCUGCGUCUCCGUGUCCUUCACUCCUGCACAGCAGACACCCUGACAGAACACUGGACCAACAAAAAGAAGUAUAUUGCGUGUUCCCCUCCGUUUGUUUUCGUGUUUAGUUUUUUCCCCCCCAAUGGAUCCCCUCGUCGCUAAAUUCACAGUCCUAGCCUGUAAGGACCUGCCCAUCUUGGAGUAUGUGGUUAAGUUCAGCCAACUCGCCGUUUUAACUGCAUUCGACGACGCAGCGCUGAACUCACUUUUCUGGAUCGGGGCAAAUUACCAUCGCCCCGUUGAUCAUCCGGUGUCUGGAGAGCAUCCGGCCCCCAAUCCAGAGCACAGCCAGACUCAGAGCCCAGCCCACCAUCACCUUGCUGCACAGAGCCAAAGCCCGAGCCCGCCACACGGAACGACAGAGCUGAGGAUCGCCGCGGAGCCCGAGCUUCAAGUGACAUCAGACCAGGUGUGAGAGCCAGCUACAUUGCUCGCCACGAGGGAGAAGGCCGUGGACAGCGAGAGUGCGGAGAGGAGCUCUGCCCACUGCACCAUGGCUGAGGGUGAGCUUAUUGUGUAUCUGGGACUGCUGGACUUUGAAGGGGACUUAAUAUACUGGAAGGCAGAUAUAUAUGCAGACAUGCCCAUUUUCCUCCCACCUUCCUCGGACUUACCAGUCUGCCCUGAACUGUCUGUUAGCCCUGUUGUUCCCCUGUCUUACACGCUCCCGGUAUGGGAGUCGCGAUUUGGUGUGUGUGGGCAGUGCACAUCGGCCCGGGGGCUCACGGAUAGCCACCCACCUGCCCGCUCCUGCCUCCUCCACCGCUGUCGUCUGGCAGCCCCUCUGCUCACCCUCA